GCUGUAUCACGGAUCCACCUUUAUCGCGGGCAGUAAUUCCUCAGGAGGAUUGUUGUCUUCAGCGACUGUUGCGCUUGCUGCUGUGAGCCAUUGCCUGCUCUAGGAAAUGAACGCGCUGCAUAUCGUCGCGGGGUUUUCUUCAGAAUGGAUAUGGACGCACCUGGCGCCAGCGGUACCGGGACGAUGAAAUCACUCGACAUGGCCGGAGGCCCUUCCGGUGGGAUCCAAGAACUUUCCUGCUACAAAUUCGAGUUCCUGUUGUUCUCCAUCGUUAUUUACAAAUUGGCCGACGUCGACUCAACCCGUACGUGUUGGCCUAGACAAAUUGGCAGGCAAGGAACGGGCACUCGUCAAUUCUUUUGCUAUCGCUUCAUAGGACUUCCAUCGCUUUCUAACAUGCAUUUAUCCCGACAAAUAUCAAUCGCACUCCCCAGCUGCCCAGCGAUCGGGCUCGGCCAAGGCAUGACCGUGGCUUUCGUUUCGGUUGAUAAGAGUCCAGUAUGGAGAUUUGUGGGGGGGGCCAGGGUAGCUUGGAACGGAGAUGGAUUUUAUUUCUGUCCAGCGUUGUUUUGGCUCGACCAACCGGACACGGCUUGCUGCCAGAGAGGCUUGAGAGUCCAGCAACUUGCAGUACACUAAUCGGACGGUAGGCACGGAAUAUGCACACAGACGACUUCUCGCCGGAAAACUGCGACAGGUCAAGUUCAAACGGAACCAUUUUACGGCCCCCUCUCCGUCCGAAAGUCUUGUGAUAGGAAAGGAUUGCAUGAUUCCUCUGGA